AUGGGUCGUCGAAAGAUUGAGAUCACGGAAGUGAAGGACCCCAACACCAAGCAAGUGACAUUUUCGAAGCGUCGAACAGGUUUGUUCAAAAAAGCAAACGAAUUAUCAAUUUUGUGUGGAGCUGAAGUUGCUAUUGUUGUGUUUUCUCCUGGGAACAAGCCUUACUCUUUUGGGCACCCAAGUGUUGAUGUUGUUGCAGACAAGUUUCUGCAACAAGAAAGUGCAUCAGAUGUUGUUGUCAAACCUAAUGUUGUCGAAGGAAAUAGUUCAGCUAAUGAUGACAACAUAGAUGCGCUGAAUCAACAGUUGUCUGGUGUUCAAACUCUCAUAAGCGAGGAACAUAAGAAGGCUGUUGAACUUGACUGGAGAAAGAAGCAACAAGAUGUGACUAAACUUACCUACAGCAAACAAUUGCAACGUUCAUACCUAAGGGUUCAGCGUAAGGUGGAGGACUAUCUUGAUGCCAUUGAAGUGUCAGAGUACAUGCUGCUUCUUGCAAAAGAACCUGUAAUUGGAAUAACUGCAAAAAGAAGAAAGAAUUGA